AUGAAACCGGCUACAGUGUUAGACCUACCAGAUGAGGUGUUCAUAAAAAUUCUUCAAGAUGUUUCACCAACAGAUAUUAACAAUUUAUACACCAUAAAGGAAGUCUCUGACAGACUUCGAGAUUUUGUCACCUUGACCAAAGAUUCUGAAAAUGUCAAAUUCUUCACUAAUGUUCCUAAGCAAUCACAUGUUAUGAUUGAUUAUAAUGAUUCUGAUUGUGCAAGGGCUGGGCUACUUGAACUAUUUGAAAUAUCAGAUAUAGUUAAGUUUUACGAUAAUAGACACCUCUAUGAGGAUAAUGAAUUCAGAAUUCUGGUGAUUACAGAUGACAUGUCAGAGAUGAGAGAAAGCUUAUUUGGGUCGAAGCCACCAAAUAAACCAAUGAUCAUGGAUAAAUUGGUUAAAAUGAGUGGAGAAAGGAAAAAUAAGUUGUUCAAGGUCCUUGCAUACCCAGAUUUUAAUGAUGUUUUAAUAAUAAAGAAGAAAGCUCUUUAUCCCAAUCGUUUUCAUUUACCAGAUACUAAAGCAUUAGUAUUCAAAGAUUGUGCAAAUAAUAAUGAGUCAUUAAAAUUCUGGGAUAGGGAUUUCGAUGGUUUAAGCUUCGUUGGUGAGAGUUCUAGCUCGCUAAUUAAAUCGUUUGAUUUAAGAACGGCAUUAGCCGAUUUGAAGCUUGAGAAUGUUAGUAUUGAUUUUGAGCUUAACGAUAAGGUUUUAUCCCCUACAUUAAAACUUCUUAAAGUUAUAUCAAAAAAUGAUGUGAUCAUAGAUGGUAAUAAUCUGGAGUUUAAUGAUUUAAGAUUUUUGGAAAUCAAAAGUGAAGAAAAUAUCAUUAUCAACAAUUUGAAUUCCACCACUUUGUUUCAUGCAAGUAUUAUCAGUACCAAUGGAUCUAUAACUUUUCAAGAUGCUAAAUUACCAAAGCUUCAAUAUAUUGAGAUACAAUCGAAAACUUUCCCUGUUAUCACUAAUGUCAGUUGUCCAGAAUUGAAACAUAUACAUACCGGUAUCAAUGAUAUUGAUUCAUCCAAUGACUUCUCAUUUUUCAAAAAGGUCACCAGCUUAUCAAUUACAAAGAAACCAGUUUCGUUUUUGCAGUUUAUUGAUACAGAUACACUUAAGUUUUUGAAGGUGAAGUUCGCUCAUAGAUCUCAACAUCAAUUAUGUCGGUUCAGCUUUCAACGCCUGGAAGCAUUAGAUAUUUAUUUGUCGGGAUAUUUUGAAUCAAUUCCUGGGCUCAAAGCUCCUUCAUUGAAGUCACUAAAAGUUAAAGCGGAAAAAUUGGUUGACAUGGGUGAAGUCACUCAUUAUUUGUAUCCACAACUGGAAGAACUUACUUUAGAUCUUGUAUAUCAAGUGGAGUUCAGUAUAUCUGAUUUUUCUCAUGAUAGUCUAAAGAGGCUUCAAAUAAACACAGGAAAAGGUCCAUUAGAGCUAACUGAGGCAGAGUUUAAAAAUUUGGAACUUUUGGUGAUAAACAACCCAGAGGGAGACCAUAAUCCUACAAGUUUGGAAUUUGAUAUAGCUGCUCCCAAUCUGAUUCAUUUAGAGCUGAAUUAUGUUGAAAUAGAUACUUUAAUUCUUGAAGAUUUCCAGAAAUUGAAAUAUCUUCGCAUAACAGACGUUCAAAACUUGGUCGGUAGAAACCUUGACUCUUUGAUAAAAUUAGAUUCAAUAUGUGAUGGACUUAAGAGUUUUGUCGUCAGAGCACCAAAUUUAAGGUUCUGCGAUUCCCAACCGUAUCUUGAAAAUGAAGAUGAAGAUGGUGAGUUUGAAUUCAUACAUGGUCUUAGAUUGACUUCAGAACAGAAAAAAGACAAAUUUAAAGACAAAUACAAUCCUUCUCUUGAGAAAGAACCAGAAAUUUCACCUUAUGAAGAGUACUCUGGUCUAACUUAUUUUGCUAAACUGGGAGAGUCAUUUAUACCAACUUUGAUGGAUCGAGACAAGGAAAGAGAUUAUUACCCGAGAAUAUUUGUCAAUUAUGAUCAAAGUGAUAAAUUAGAAUAUAUGAUAAAUGGUAAUUUUAGAAGAUUUGAUGACCCAAUUGAUAAACCAAGAAAGAAAUCUGAAGAGGAUGAUAAUAAAUUGGAUCCGUGGUUGCAAGAUAUUAUGGACUCGAUCGACUUUGAAAAAUAUAAAUAA